GAGAAGAAAGCCCAGACGAAGAAGGAACAAAACCGAAAGUAUUUUUUUUUGCUUUUAAUUUUUUUUUUUCUUGUUUUUGUUUUUAAUUUCACCAAAUUCUUCUGAGGGCUUCCUCUUCAUCUUCAUCUUCUUCGUUGUCUAGAGAGCUAAAAACCCAAUAAAACCCUAAUUCUCAUCUUUGGAAAAGCUUAUCCCUUUUUCUCUCUCUACGCGGAUCAAAUUCAAAGUCUGGAGCUUUUUAACAGCCGCCGAAUCGGUUUGUGAUUUUUCUCGCUCCGGCGAGAUUCGGAUCUCGAUUUUGUGAGCUGAUUUGUGUGAAUUUUCUUCUCUUUGCUUUUUUCUUUUCCUCCGCUGUGGGAAAAAAGGAAAAUUUCUGGGUUUUUUUUUGAAAAAUCCGAGAUUUGAAUAUCUGUGAGGAUGGCUGAAGGCGGUGGAGGAGGCGAAUUCCCGCCAAAAAAGGACGGUGUUGAAGAGGGUUUUCCGGCGAAGAAUCCAGCGAGGCAGCUCGACUUCACUGGUGGCUCCGAUGAACAUUCACUGUCUAAAGCACCAGCUGCCACGGCUGCUCCUACCGUCGCAGCUACGGCGUCGGUGAAACCCAUCGUUAAUACUCCUACUGUCCCUUCGACGAUACGGCCUGGUAUGACUAUAGCAAUCGGUCAGGUACGACCGACGUUACCAGUGGCGACGACACAGAUUCUGCCGUCUCAAGCACUAAUCCUUAACGCGCCAAUCAGGCAUCCAAUGCCGGAAUCGCCAAUAGCUAGACCAAGGCCUAUAGUGGAAGCUAGAGAUGGAACCCCUCAGAAGAAGAAGCAGUGUAACUGUAAACACUCGCGCUGCUUGAAACUGUACUGUGAAUGCUUUGCAUCCGGAACAUAUUGUGACGGUUGUAACUGUGUAAAUUGUUUCAACAAUGUUGAUAAUGAACCGGCUAGACGAGAAGCUGUGGAAGCAACUCUGGACCGGAAUCCAUAUGCGUUCAGGCCUAAGAUUGCUAGCAGUCCACAUGGUGCUCGGGAUAAAAGGGAAGACGUUGGUGAAGUUGUGUUGUUAGGGAAACAUAACAAAGGUUGCCACUGCAAGAAAUCGGGAUGUCUUAAGAAGUAUUGUGAGUGCUUUCAAGCAAACAUUCUUUGUUCUGAGAACUGUAGAUGCUUGGAUUGCAAAAACUUUGAAGGAAGUGAAGAGAGACAAGCUCUGUUUCACGGUGAACAUGCCAACCACUUGACGUAUCUCCAACAAGCAGCAAAUGCAGCCAUUACUGGUGCUGUCGGUUCUUCUGGCUUUGCUCCUUCUCCAGCACCUAAGAGACGGAAAGGUCAAGAUAUUUUGUUCAACCAAGCAACCAAAGGCCAGUUUCCACAGGUAAAUAGUGGAAGAACUACUGGCCCAGGCACAUCUCCGUCACCUGUUUCUCGUGCUGGUGGCAAUGCAUCGUCAGUUCCAUCAAAGUUUGUAUAUAGGUCUCUCUUAGCAGAUAUAAUCCAACCACAGGAUGUGAAAGCGCUUUGUUCUGUUUUGGUCGCUGUAGCCGGAGAAGCUGCCAAGACAUUCACUGAUCAAAGGAAGGAAAAAGAAAAUCGAGUGGAAGAUCAAACAAACACUUCUUUAGCUUCUUCUGCACAAGAUCACUCCCAAGACAAUAAAGAUGCAGCUGAUGUGGAGAUGGUUGCAGCUGAUGGAAAUCAAGCUGAUAAGUCUGGACCAGAUGAUUCUAAUUCAGAUGGUGCUGAUGCCUCUAAAGCGAAGCCGCUAUCUCCAGCAACUUUGGCUUUGAUGUGCGAUGAACAAGACACUAUCUUCAUGGUAUCAGCAGCUCCACCUAAUGGUUCAGUAGACCCCGGUGGCUGUGGAACAAACUCACAGGGCCAGUCAGAGAUAUACGCAGAGCAAGAGAAAGUGGUGUUAACCAAAUUCAGAGAUUGCCUUAGUCGACUUAUCUCUUACGCAGAAUUAAAAGAAUCAAAGUGUUUAUCUUUAGCAAGAAGGCAUCUACAGCCACCUGCCACCGCAACUGUGAAAACCGAAAAUGGGAUCCAGCAGCAAGUACCAGUUGUGAAUGGAGCUUCACGAACAACUUCUCAACCUACAGUCAACAAACCACAGCCUAUGCAGCUGAUGAACACAACAUCAUCAUCACCAGCAGCAGCAACAACAACAAACACACACCAUCAUCAUACUAAACCUCCAGCUUUAUCAGAGAAGAAAGACCCCUGAAUCAAAUAGAUUAUACUCUACCUAGGACAGAAAAAUAACUUACCAGAGAGAACACAAACAAGAAGUUGAAAUCUGCCUCACCACCGCUCUAUGUUAUCAGAGGUAAUGCAAUACCACCAUAAUUUUUCUUUCUCACUGGCGGUUGUGUGGCUUCAGCGCAUUGGCAGGUGAUUAGAGAGAGUAAUAGACACAAGCUUUUAUUGUGUCGUUAUCUUUCUUCUCGCUUUUCUCUUUCUUUUCUUAUAAAGUCUCCUCUUUGAAGCCCCUGUGGCUGGUGUAGAUUAUUGAGAGCUUUUGUUUCUUUACUACACGAGUUUUUUUUGUUAGUGGUUUUUAUUCAGUAUUACUUUUUCUGGCGAUUGUUCUGUAGAACAUCCUUAUUUACUGUAUUUGAGAUGUUUCUCAAUCAGCCUCUGUAGGAUUUGAUUUGAAAGUAAUAUAUAAGAAUAAAACCUAUUUUGAAAGAA